GAUAUGUCAGCGCUAAUGCGCGUUGGAAUUGGUCGAGGCUGCACACCGAGACUAGGGAGCGCACGCCACGGCACAAGACGGCACGGACGAUGAGAUGCACCGCGUGGUUCGCAAGGAUACUGUAUCUGAGCGCAGUGACCAUACAGUAACAGUCAAAGUGGCGACGCCGGUAAACGCUGUGCCGGUUAGUAUGGAUGCAUUCGAGAGCCUUCCUCGGGGGCCAAGAUGUUCGUUCACGGCUUAUGGCCCCUGCCCUACUCCCUGACUGUUUUGUUGCUUGACAAAUUGAUGGCUUUACUCCCACUGCAUUGUUCCACAAGAGAGAGAAAGGGGCACAAGACAUCGGCAAUCCGGCCACUGAGAAGAAGGCUGCUGGGGUUUGCAACCAAUACAUCUCCACUCCUCCCCCAUCUUCGAGCUCGACCUCGACGCUAUUUCCAGCCCAGGCUCUCCAAUGCUGGGCAGGCUGGCCAGGCCACUAACCCAUGUUGCUUCAUGCCCUCCUUCUGCCUUGCUAUCGUACCUCUCGCAUUCGCACAUCUGGAUCCGCGCCUUGACCACCAUCUGGGCAGCCAGGACCACCAAGAGCCGGCUUCUCUUCGUUUCUUCUCAUACCCUGGCCAAUAUCCCCUCUUCCAAUCAUCAGCUCCAUCUUCUGCUCUGGAUACCUCUGUACUGCUGCAAAAUACACAGCCGCAUGUGGUCUGGCCUGCUUGGCGCCCCAGCGACUGGCCCAUCCGUCAUCAGCCCCUCGUGGACAGACGCCUCUCCACCCCAUCUUAUUGUUGCGGCCAGGAUUGGACUUUGAAAUCCGUGCGAGGCUACUAGUGUCUUGUUGAUCGGUUCAAACCAAGAAAAAAAGCGAAAGACAGGAGGCGAGGCUAGAGCCCCCAUCAUCACCAUCAACAUCAACAUCACAACUACCAUCUCCCCAUCCUACCUAACAACAUAUCAAAAACACAUGUUGCACGCAGAACCCCUUCAACAAAUCCCCCAAUCCUAUCCUCAUGAUCCUCAUGCUCUUUCUUUUGGAUCCCCAAACAUGUCUUCAACUACAGUGAAAACCGCGACAGGAACUGCUGCGGCACCUGUAAAGAAAACCGCAACCGCAGCUUCUACUACAACAACAACUGCAAAGAAGACCACGGCCAUGGCCUCGGCAACAACAGGUCCAGCAAAGCCAAAGCCAAGCAUGACCCAGAUUGAUCACUUGCAGUCGCUCCUCAUAAGCCACGGUUUUGCUUGUCCGCACUUCCCAAAGCUCAAUGCCGCGACGUCGUCUUUUCCUAGCUGUCUCGCCUUCUUUGACACUCAGGAUAAGCGUAAAAUCGUAUACUUUGAGACCAACAAACUAUGCAGCAGCUGCUGCAGCAAAGUUGCUCCGCGUGGAUUCAAUGUCUGGAUCCAUCCCAAUACACACCCUCUCGCAUGGCGAGGAAAGCCAGAACCUCUACCAAAGCCUAUGCCAGCAAAUGCUGCUGCACCACAAGCAAACACCAAUCGUCCAGUUCAAAAGACGAUAGAAUGGCAGCUUGUGCAAGCAGGAACCACUCUUCCUGCGCACAGCGCAUCUUCACUAGCAACGAACGCAACACCAAGGACAGCAACCACGAAGCGAACGAAUUGGGGCCUGUUCAAGCUGCCUACAACAGUCCGAAUCCCGGCCGAUACAGCAACACAAGGCGCCUUCUCAUGGUUGAGAAGAGACAAACGUCCCUUCUUUAUUGAGCAGCUGAAUGCGACAAAGCUGCCAACUCCAUGGAGUGAAAGCGUCGCUCGCCGCGAUGUCAAGACCGCUAAAGAGCAUGGCCGUACAGACAUGCCCGCGCCCGCAACGCGCAACGUUGAGAGUAGGAGCAGCCAGAGUACUACAGAGGCACCGCGCAUCCCUUCUCCGGCUGUGAGCACAUCCAGCUCGUUCAUGGUCAACUAUACCCUGAGCUCACAGGCAACCAACAACACAAACGCCUCUACUACCUCUACUGCUACGAGCUAUACCGCACCACCUCCGUACAAGCCUGCACCUGCGUGGGACGGAGUUAGUAGCCAUAAUUCAACGCCUACUUCAACACCUGGACCAACUAGAGCCCCUUCACAAGCCUCGCUAGCUCAAGGAAUCCAGCACCAGAGCAGUAUGGGAUCUAUCCGACGACGUCCCGUGCCUUCAAGAGCAGCUUCUAUGCCAGUAACUGAUUCAGGACCUGCUCCAUCUACUAAUAGUACUACCGCGAAUAUUGCAGCUGCUGGCUCAAUUUCAAACACGGUAGAGCCUGCAACAGUAACAUCAGGCCCUCCACCAGGUCGGGCUCUCAAGCACACACUCUCUGCGACACUAAGCGGCCCGUUCAGUUUUGGCUUUGAUGGUUUUGGUCUUGGAGAAGAGGUGCUACCGCUGGAUCGACACAAUAGCCUUCCGGAGACCCUGGCAGACAAGCCACGUUCUUUGUCAGGCAAGGAAAGUAGAGGCAGCUUAUUGCAGCAGAACAGGCACAUGGCAUCCUCAUCCAUCCAUACCAUUGCUGAACUUUCCUCGUCUCCUUCUACCGCUAGCGCGCCAUCGCAUUUUUCCAGCAAGCAAAGUGCGCCUAUCGCAGCCUAUGCUAUGGUGCCACCUAUUCCCCUUGGCAGUCCCGAGAGCUUUGCUCGCUCCACGAACAAUGGAGGAAUUGCAUCACCCAUCGCAGGGCCAGACAAACUUGUGUUUCAAAAGUUUUUCCGUUCUGGACCCAUUAUGGGUGAUAAUCAGUGGCAUAGUGUUCUAGCUAGUGCGGCUGCUACGACUGCUGCUGUUACUACUACAACAACAGCUACACAUCCAUCACAAGCCAUUGCUCCCAUGGCUAGCUCGUCCAGUUUAUCUUCCAGAUUCUCUGGCUCAACAGUGGCACCAUCUCCCAACCCCGGACCGAUGGCAGGAUCUGCUACUGCAUACAAUGCGGCGUCUCCGAGGUCAUUUGCGAACCGUAUGCCUUCCUACUCUUCCUUUUCCACCCACCCAUCGUCUGCUUCACAAGCAAGUGGCCCGACUCCUUCGACGGUCACUGCUUGGUCACCACCCCAGUCACAACAGCCGAUAUCACAACAAAGCACGGUUCCCCAAAAGACUGCCAAAUCUAUGCCGCCUCCUGCCGCCUCUACUCAUGCCGCUUAUCCCGGGCAGCAGUCUUCGUUUACCCAGAGAGCCAUGGCCGAAUCCAAGCCGCUGCCGAACAAAUCCCAGUAUACCCAUGCUGCCCAGUCAAGCUAUUCCGGGUCGUCUGGUAUUACGUCUCAAAAGACUGUUGCAGGCAUUGCCCCGAAACCACAACAGUAUACAGCCACCACGCCUGCCCCUAAUCCUUCACCGGCUUCUCAAACAAAGCCACAGUCAUCAAACAAGAAGCCAGUGCCCAAGCAACAUGGUGAUCAUCAUACGAUUACUGGGAAGCCAGACAGCGCUAAAGCUAGUCAUCACAAGCAUGCAGCCCAUCCACCGCAACCAUCAAAGAAGAAGGCUGCCUCGAGUAAGACAACACAACCUACGCCAUCGUCUAAGCCUGAGCCAAAACUCGGCUCUAAACCUAAGCCUCAGCCUGAAUCUAAACCUAAGCCCAAGCCCAAGCCUGCGUCAAAAUCUGCAACGAAUCCAGUAUCGAAAACAUCAUCACAUGCACAAAAAGAGAAGCACCACAAUCCUCACUCAGCAGCAAAGAAGAAGUCAACCCACGGAAACAAAGCUGCUCACGACCAAUCCCACCACCAGAAAGGCCAUCAACAUCACGUCCAGCCCAAAGGUGCAUCCGAAAGCCACCACCAGGAGAAUAUUGUCCAGCAUUAUCAGGUCAAUACGUACAAUACGUAUACGAAUACAAAUGUGACGAAUAAUGACUGGGGCUCCACCGCAGAAUGCCCUUCCGAUUUUGACGAUGCUCUGCAUUAUGCUGGCAGGAAAGCAUUCCUCAGCGCUGACGGGGACGAUUUUGAUCCAGAGGGUACCGAUGACGGGUCGGGCAUGAGUGUAAAUCAUGAUCCUAGCGAUGACCCAGACGCAUUUGGAUCACAAGGCGAAACUGGAGAUUGGCAGUCAGGCGAUGAUGACAAUGAUCAAGAUGUUGAACAGCCGUUGGAUGACGAGGAUAACGAUGAUCAGACUCGAUGGCAACCGCCUGAUGAUGACGACGACGACUUUGCUCAAGACCCAAGUCGGGAGAUUGACAUGGGCGACGAUGGUGAUGUUCAAGACCCAAGCCGCGGGUCUGAAGCUGAUGAUGACGACGAAGUUCGAGAUCCAAGUCACGGGUUUAACGAUUUCGACGACGGGUUCAACCACACAUCGUCGACAGAUGUCUACAACGACAACGAUGAUGAUUUUGCAGCAGCUGACCAGUCGUACAGCAAUCAAUGGGGUGGCACAUCUUCCUUCGAUGAGAAUCAAAUUGACCACCAUACGAGCGAUAUGUAUGCGGAGCAGGAAGAGUAUCAACAGGGUCAGGAGUACCAGUCAUCGCAGCAAAUGCAGGGAGGAGGAAGCUACGAUGACUAUCAGGCUGCACAGAACGACUAUGGUCAAGACAAUGAGUACAAUGGUGAUGGCUAUGGUCCCGGCUAUAAUCAUGAUGAUGCAGCAAGCCAAGCCAGCUAUGAUGGCUUUGGAAACAACACUCAACAAGACCAUGAUAACGGUCAAGAAGACUAUGAUAACGAUCAACAAGACUAUGAAAACAGUCAUCAAGGCUAUGACAACAGUCACGACGGCUACAAUAAUGGUCACGAAGACUACAAUAAUGGUCACGAAGACUACAAUAAUGGUCACGAAGACUACAAUAAUGGUCACGAAGACUACAAUAAUGGUCACGAAGACUACAAUCCCGGUAAUGACCAAGACCCUGACUACUACAAUGGUGGCUAUGAUCCUGAUCAGGACAUUAAUCAUAACAAUGAUGACGAAGGAUUUGAAAACAAUCAGGGAGGCAGCUACAAUGAUGCUUUCAACAACGGCGGCUACUCCAAUGACCAAUAUUACGACCACAAUCAAGGCGGGUAUGAUAAUCAGUACCACGAUUACCCUGGCGAUGAAGAUGGCAAUCAGAAUGGUUACAAUGGCGAUGAAGAUGACAAUCACAACGGCUACCAAGGAGAUGAAUACGACAAUCAAGAUAACUACCCUGCUGGUGAAGAGGUGGAUGGUGAUGAUGGAGACAAUGGAGAUGGCGAUGGAGGCGAUGGAGACGAUGGAGACGAUGGCGGCGACGGGGACGAUUAUUGAAGCAACUAAGCUGUCCAUUUAUAUAUAUGUACGUAUAGGAAUUGUAUCAGAUAUUCUUUGUGUUCUAUUCUCUAGCCACCAAAAAAUGGUACCAGUACAGCAAAGUGUAGUAGAUAGCAUCAUAAUCCUUAGUAUUCUCAACAACUACAGCACAACACCCAAGAGUCCCCCUAGAGUCGCAAUUUCUCCAGCGCCAUCACCCACCACACGUGGCAGACAGAUAUCUCCACAGAGGGUACCAUAAAUAGACCUGGUUGUCA